GCGUCGUGAAUUGCAGCCUUGCGCCUACGUAGGUGUUCUUGCGUUGUCACCAGGAUGCAGCGUAAACGUCCUCCUGGCCGAGGCGCCAUUUAUUUGUCACUUUGUCAAUGUUGACGCCGACGUUUCACCACCGAAGACCCUUCUUAAAAGUGGUGUGGGUUUUUUUGCGCAUUGUGUUGUUGUGACCGUGGUGUGUUUCCCGGGUGAGGACGAGAAAGACUCCCCUGGACGUCCUGCCUAACUCGGGAGGAGUUUUGAAGACUUUUGGCUGCUGAUUUGUCAAUUAAGUACUUGUCAGGUUGUGGACAGGUGUCAGCGAGCCAAUGACCGAUGGAGAAAUAUGAGAAACUGGCCAAAAUUGGAGAAGGUUCUUACGGCGUGGUGUUCAAAUGCAGGAACAGAGACACGGACCAGAUAGUUGCCAUCAAGAAGUUUGUGGAAUCUGAAGACGAUCCAGUCAUUAAGAAAAUUGCAUUGAGGGAAAUACGAAUGCUGAAGCAGCUGAAACACAUCAAUCUGGUCAACCUGCUGGAGGUCUUCCGCAGGAAACGCCGCCUCCACCUGGUCUUUGAGUUCUGCGAGCAGACGGUCCUCAACGAGCUGGAAAAACACCCACGGGGGGUUCCUGAGGCUCAGCUUAAGAGCAUUGUAUGGCAGACGCUGCAGGCGGUCAACUUUUGCCACAAACACAAUUGCAUCCACCGUGACGUCAAGCCUGAGAACAUCCUCCUCACCAAAAGCGGCGUCAUCAAGUUGUGCGACUUUGGCUUCGCUCGCAUACUAACUGGACCAGAGGACGACUACACGGACUACGUAGCGACCCGCUGGUACCGGGCUCCAGAGCUCCUGGUCGGGGACACUCAGUACGGGCCCCCAGUGGACGUUUGGGCGCUGGGAUGCGUCUUUGCCGAGCUGCUGAACGGAAGUCCGCUCUGGCCCGGGAAGUCUGACGUGGACCAGCUCUACCUCAUACGCAAAACCCUCGGGGACCUCAUUCCUCGUCACCAGCAGGUGUUCCGGUCUAAUGUGUUCUUUAGUGGAGUCAGUAUUCCUGACCCUGACACCACGGAAACUUUGGAAAAACGAUUCUCCAGUGUGUCACCACAGGCUCUCCAAGUUAUGAAGUUGUGCCUGGUGAUGGACCCGUCCCUUAGGCUCUCCUGCGAAGAGCUGCUGGAGAUGCCCUACAUCCACAACGACGGGGGGUCCGGCUGGGCCCGAGAGGGGGAACGUCCCGCGAGGCGCCACGAUAAAGGACCCCGCCGCAGACAGACCGGGGCCCAGUACUUGCCACAGUUAACAAACAGCAACAUGUCACCUGCGCCAGACGUCAAGAAGCCGGCGAAGCACAGAUAUCACCUGCCCAACAUUUAACGAAUGACGAGCCAGCCGGCCCCCAUAAACCUUGUGGCCGAGGACGCACCUUCUUCUCGCUGGUAUCACUGAACACUAGAGAUGGAAUGGUUUAUGACAAAAAUCUAAAGCGUUCGUUUGAGCUGACAUCGUUUCGAAGUGCGUGUGUUGCUCGGAUAACGUGUUUUUUCUUUGUGUUACUCAUUAGUUUGGAGCAGGGGUCACCAACGCGGUGCCCGCGGGCACCAGGUAGCCCGUAAGGACCAGAUGAGUAGCCCGCUGGCCUGUUCUAAUAAUAGCUCAAAUAGCAGCAUUUACCAGUGAGCUGCCUCUAUUUUUUAAAUGUUAUUUAUUUACUAGCAAGCUGGUCUCGCUUUGCUCGACAUUUUUAAUUCUAAGAGAGACAAAACUCAAAUAGAAUUUGAAAAUCCAAGAAAAUAUUUUAAAGACUUGGUCUUCACUAACUGACAAAGAAACAGAUAACAGAUUUGGUGUCCAGUUCAAAGUGUGACAUGAUUUAUUUAAAAAUUUGAGAGUUGACUUUUGUAUUUUACAUGAGUUAUUAUUUGUACAAACAUGGUGCAAAGUAAUUCAUGAUUUGUUAAAAAAUGUUAGUGGCUAGCUAGUUAAAAUGGGAUAUUGUGAUUUCACAAGACUGUCUUAGAAGUGAUCAUUUGAAAAUGUUCAAUUUGAAAAAUGUGCACUUAGAGAAAAUAUAAAAAUAAAGUGUUGUAUAUUGAUAUUUAUCUGUUUCUAUAUAUAUUUAUUGUGAUAAAUCAUUAAGAUGAUCAGUGUUUCCACAAAGAUAAAUAUCAUUAAUUAUUAAUAAUAACAUAGAGUUAAAGGUAAAUUGAGCAAAUUGGCUAUUUCUGGCAAUUUAUUUAAGUGUGUAUCAAACUGGUAGCCCUUCGCAUUAAUCAGUACCCAAGAAGUAGCCCUUGGUUUCAAAAAGGUUGGUGACCCCUGGUUUGGAGCGUGUACGUGUAGAUCUGAUCAUACGGAAUCACAGAACUAGCCAAUAAAAACAAAAUCUACUGUUAAACAAGAAAAAUCAUGGAAAUGAGCAUAAAUGUGAUUGAAAUGCUGUCAUUGUGAGGACAGGGAACAUUUGUCUGGGGAAAUUGUGUGUCCGGGGCCCGCUCAUCCCUGAAUCACCUCCUAAGUCUGUGAACACGCUAAUGCUAGCCAGGACAACCCAUACACCCGCAAUACAUCUCUUCUGCUUGUGUUGUUGUGGACGAGACCACCGAUGCAAGUUCAUUGUAAAGACAGGAUGGCGUUUUUUUACAUUUCAAAACAGCCACCAGUAAUCAAAAAUUUAGCAGGAACUGCACUUUUUUGUGGAAUUUUGCAUAUCGUUCACAAUCAUUAGGAGAGACAAGAACACUUUUUUUUGGAGACAUUGGCUCAGACGGAAGCCGAGAGAGUGAGGUGAAAGUGACUUGAAGCUGCGAAAUGUGGGAUUUGAAGCCAUGCUAUUUCGACAUAAAUGGAGUGCUUACCCAAAUAACCCGGAAACAUUGUCCCCGGCCAACUGGACCAAGCACACAACUGUCCAUCGAGUGAGUCACACUUGAUAUUGAUCGUGAUACACACAGCACGUCAUGCGCGUUAUUACAACUACAAUACAUAUGCUGUCAAGCUAACUGUGUACAAACAAAACAUGAAAUGUGGGCUAACACUUUACAGAUGCUGUAAUAUGAUUGUUCAUGUUUUUUCAGUCAGUAAUAAUAAUAAUAAUAAUACCUGGGAUUUAUAUAGCGCUUUUCUAAGUACCCAAAGUCGCUUUACAUGUUAAAAACCCAUCAUUCAUUCACACCUGGUGGUGGUAAGCUACUUUCGUAGCCACAGCUGCCCUGGGGUAGACUGACGGAAGCGUGGCUGCCAAUUUGCGCCUACGGCCCCUCCGACCACCACCUAUCAUUCAUUCAACAUUCAUUCACCGGUGUGAGUGGCACCGGGGGCAAGGGUGAAGUGUCCCGCCCAAGGACACAACGGCAUGGUAAGAGGCGGGGAGCGAACCUGCAACCCUCAGGUUUCUGACACGGGCGCUCUACCCACUACGCCAUGCCGCCCAGUAAAUAUUGGAGUCUUAACACUUUGUGUUGUGCAUUACAAACUCAAACGCAUUUCGUGCUGACGUAGAAGCUGGCUUAUCUCUUUCCGUAGUUCGCUUUUACGGCUAAUACCGAUGCACGCCGAUGUGUUACUACUCUAGAAAAAUAGUUCCUCAGCGUUCGUUCUUACAAUAACAAUGUCGGUACAGCUUGGUUAUUAUACAGGUUACGGAACGUAAAUAAAGUAUUGUUGACGGUUUUUGAAUGCAUUUUUUAAAGUGAUUUAAACGUAGAAUAGAUUGCUCCCAUUAGCUAUAUUAGAACGAGAUGAUUUUUACAUGAUAGAAUGCAAAAGAAAAAACACUUGUCUCUCAUAACGGUUGUGAACGAUAGGCAACAUUUAAAAAAAAAAGUGCAGUUCCCCUUUAAGAACAGCAGCACACUUCCAGCGCUGUGUGCAACGUCCUGUCUGACUGCGCUAACAAAAUAAAGGUUUCAAAAAAGUAUAUUUCUUUAAAGUACUCAUUGGCACAUUUAUGUUACAAAAUGAUUAUGCUUUUAUUUAAAAUACUUUUCCAAAUUGUCCAAUCAUGUAUCAAUAAAUGUUAGGAUUUUUGCAUUUAAAUAAAUAUUUUUGUUUUGAUAUAAACAAAAGUGCUGAUAAAGGUUGUGCUUCGUGUUAUGUAUAUAAUGUGCUUAUAAAGAUUGUACUCUAACCUUUUUUUACAUUAAUUUAAGAGUCAGAGCUGUAGGAGCCAUUUUCUAAGUUUUAUUUCAUAAGAUAUUUUUGUAAGAACCACAACUGAUAAAGGAGUAAUGGUUGAUUACUGGGAAAUAUGGUAUUCUGCGGUGUCAAAAAAGAACAAGGUACACCGAAAACCGUGUCACGUAACCGUAUUAAGAUCUGAACCGUGGAUUUGUGAACUGUUCCACCCCUACUGAACACACCUCACCUGGCACUGGAGUUCUGAUGCUAGCAGCAUUGUUUUAGAACAGGGGUGUCCAAACUAUUUUUACUGAGGGCCAAACACUGAAAAAUGAAAGCAUGCGGGGGCCAUUUUAAUAUUUUUCAAAACAGGGCGCCGCUUAAUUUUGGUGAAUCUUAAAGGUCCUAAGGAACCAAA